AGUCAUGUGACCUAAGAUGGCGGACAAAAAGAAAUGGAAAAAGAUUUUGUAUGAAAAUCAGGGUGUACCGGACAAUUACGUUGAUGAGACGUUCUUAGAUGAAAUGAGAAAAAAUGUUUACACUAGAGAAUAUGAGUACUGGAAUGUUGUCAAGGAAUCGGGGACUUUAACCCAACAGGCAAGCAGUGUGUGCAUCUUUGUCGUCAUCUUCAUAUACAUGGACAAUAACAGCAUUAAGCCAGAGAUCUUAUUCAUUGUGUCUUCCAUCCUGACUCUGAUUGGCUACAUUGUCUACCAUGUAAUAAGCCAUAACAAUGGUAUUGCACAAGGGAACAGUCGCACAUGGUGGGAUGAUUUCAAAACCUGUGUUAUCUUCAUUGGAUUUGGCUUUGGUCUAUCCCCUGUGUUGAUGACCCUUACUGACACUAUUAGUACAGAUACAAUCUACGCCAUGACUGCAUUCAUGCUGAUUGCUAAUGUCAUCUUUCAUGACUAUAGUGCAACCGCACCAGUUGUUUCUGGUGCACUCUCUCUGAAUGCAGCCAUAUUUGCUUCAGUGUGUCUAGCCUCAAGACUACAUACCACAUGGCAUGCAUUUGCCACUGUCUCAUUCGCAGUAGAAAUAUUCGCCUUGUGGCCAGAAUUCAGAAGAAAAUUAAAGAAAAAUGUACAAUACAGCCAGGUUACCAUGACAAUUACAUUGGGAGUAGCAACAAGUGUUUCCAUAGCAACAGUGUCACUGACGGGAGCUGUCAUAUUCAGUCUGCUGCACAUAUUUGUCACAUUUAUAUGUCCUGCCUGGCUUAUUAGUCUUCAACCAUAUAAGAAUAAUAUUUAUGGGCCAUGGGAUGAAGCGGUUAUAGAGAAGUGAACUACAUUCCACCUACUAGAAGUGUAAUCACUACAAAAGAUUUCAAUGGAAUCAAACUUCCAGUAAAUGAUAGAGCUGCCGAGCCUAUGUAUGGUGGAACUGUUGUUUGGAGGUGAUGCUAACAUAAAGUGAAGCUGCCUAUGUAUGGUGGUAUUGCAUGCACAGUGUAUGUAUUGCAGUGCUGUCUUUGACAGAUGUGCUCCUUUAUAUAUGUAUGCUGGAGAUGCUUUCCUAUGGAGUAGCAACCAAGUACCCCGGGCCAAGUACACAGCGUGGUUGUGUUUGUAUCCUAGGCUAAAAGGGCGAUACAAAUCAUUUUUGAAUAAAGAUGGCAUGUUAAUCGAUCUGUGAGAGAAAGAUAAUACUGGAUUAUGUUGCUGCUGCCAUCUUUUUAUAGGCCC